AUGAGUUUAUUAAACUUCAAUCCUGCUGUUAGGACUGAAAUAACUACGUAUGCAAUCUAUAGUGUAAGAUAGUCCACGAUCAAAAAAAGUAUUGGCUACUCUUGGUUUGCUUGUUUAAGAUCUCUAUUAUCCUACUAGAGAUGAAAUCCUGUUAUAAGGAGUCUAAUUUGAAGAUGUUGACUAUUAUGUUGAAGCCAAAUUAAAGCAUAUGACUGACAGAGUUGAUAGAUUCUUAGAACUUGUUAAAUAAGAAUAUCAUAAUAUUUCUGAAGAUCAUGAAAAAAAUGUAACUUAUAAACUAUCAUCUAGUCUCAAUCUAGUCAAUUGUAAAUGAGUCAAUCUUUUAUGUAAAAGCAAGAACAAAUUCUAAGAGCAUUGUAAAACAAAUAAAAGAUUGAAAUUGAAAGAGAAAUAUAAACUGAAAUGAAGAUAGAAGAAAUGAAAAGGAAGAAUUAAUUAAAGGAAAAGCGAAUAGAAGAGUUAAGGAAAAUGUAGGAGGAAGAUUUUCAACAAAGAAUGCAAGAAAAAGAAGAAAAACUCAAAUUACGAGAAUAAAAACUUAAAUAAGCAAAAUUGUAAGCAGACUUACACAAUGAAACUAUCAUGCGUAAAUUUUAGGAAGAAGAAUUAAAAAUAUAAUAAAAAUAAGAAAAAUAUGCUUUAAUGAAACAAUUAGAGAAAGAAGAAAGGGAAAGAGAAAUAUAAGAUAAAAUGUAAAGAAGGGCUUAAAGAAUAGCUGAACAAGAAUAACAAAUUCUAAAUGAAAAUUAAAUUAGAUAAUAAGACUACAAUAAAAAAUUAUAAAAUAUGGAAUAAAUGUUACAUGAGAAAUAGUAAUACAUUAAAUAGUAAAAUUAAUUAAAAGAAGAAAGAGCUAGGGAAAAAUAUUAAAAUGCUACAGCUUUAAAACAAUUAGAAACAUAUUAGAUGGAACAAAGAAUUCAUUCUAAAGAAAAAGAUAUAUAAAUGAGAAAUACUAUGUAAGAAUUGAAUAGAUAAUAAUUGUUAAAAUAAAAAAGAAAUUAGGAAUAAUAGAAACAUUAAAUGAUGGAAUAAAAGAAAUUUAUAAUAAGUUAAGAAUUAAAUAAAAGAAACUAAGAUUAUUUUAGUUAAGAAAAAGAAAGAGAAUUAAAGAAAUCAAGAUUGGAGGAGUAAAAGAAAUUAAAAAGAGAUGAAAGCAGUCUUAUAUUAUAAUCUCAUAUGGAAGAAGUUUAAAUGGUAUAUUAAUUAAAAUAUUAUUUAGAAAUAAAGAUAUUUAGAUAAAUAGAUUGAAUUGGAGAAUUAAAGAUUUAUGGCUUAAAAAUAAUAAUAAUUUUUAUAUGCUGAAGAAUUGAGAUAGAAAAAUAUUUUAAAUAUGAAAAGAAAAUAUGUUUAAGAAUUAUUAAAAUUAGAAGAUGCUGCUUAGAAUUAUUAAAUUCAGAAACGAAAAGAAUAAUAUAGAAAUGCUAUCUUACUAGAUGUAUAAAAUAAAAUAGUAUUUUAGAAAUUUGAAGAAACUGAUAGAAGAAUGAAGUAACAAUAAACAGAAUAAUAAAAAUUAUAAGAGACAAAAAAAUAGAUGGAAAUAACAAUAUAAAAUGAAAAAAUGAGAAUUUUAGCAGUAUUAAACAAAAAAUUUAUUUAGAGGAAUUUGAUAAAAAAAAACAGUAAUUAGCGGAAGAAAGAAGUAGUCAAUAGAUCAGUUAAAUUGUGAAAGUCAAUCCGACAGAUAGGAUUAUAACUAAUAAACCUGUAAAAACUAAAAGUGCAACAAGUUUUCAUUUACCACCUGCAAAAGAAUAAAAAGAAUAAAAAUUAGUAUCAGAAAAUAGAUCUACUAAUAAUAAAAGUAAAAGAACAUUGGAUGAAAAAUCUAUGUCCACUACAUCAUAAAAGAAAAGACAUUAUUUUAUUUCUGAAGAUACAAUGAAAGCUGUUCAAUUAUAUGCAAACGGAGAAACAUUGAAGUAAUUUUAAAUUGAAAUACGUCCGAGUAAAAAAAAGAAAUGAAAGAAUUUGAAC